AUGAACCCAGACGAACAACCGCUCCCUGCUGGUUGGGAGAAGCGUAUGAGUCGCACUAAUAACCAGGAGUACUAUUACAACCAAGCAACUGGUCGAAGUCAGUGGGAACGUCCCUUAGAACCAGCGUUCGGGAAGGGUUCAGAACUCACUCAAGUGCGAGCUGCUCACUUGCUUGUAAAACAUGCCGGAAGUCGUCGUCCUUCAAGCUGGAGAUCCGACAAUAUUACACGAUCUAAGGAGGAUGCAAGAAAUAUUCUGAAGGACUAUAUUCGUCAGAUUAGAAGUUCAAAUAAUCCAGAAGCGACUUUUAGAAAAUUGGCGCAACAAUUUAGCGAUUGUAGCUCUGCAAAAAGAGGCGGUGAUCUUGGGACGUUCGGACGACGUCAGAUGCAAAAACCAUUUGAGGAUGCGUCUUUUGCAUUGGACGUUGGUGAAAUGAGUGAUAUCGUGGAAACCGACUCAGGGCUUCACAUCAUUUGGCGACUUGCAUAA